GGACAGCUCGAGUUCCCGCCUGGAGCCGCCGCCCGCCCGCUCGUGAGAGGGCCUGCCUCAUCGGCCCCUCCCCUCCUCCGGACACCAUGGAUACCCCCGGCUCCUUGGCCCCGGUGCCCCCCUCCCCCGUCGGGGUCCCGGCCCCGGCCCCCUCAUGCCCUGCCUCGGUCCCCAGGACAAUCCAGAUCGAGUUUCCCCAGCAUAGCUCCUCCCUCCUGGAGGCCCUCAACCGCCACCGUCUGGAGGGCAAGUUCUGCGACGUGUCCCUCCAGGUGCAAGGCCGGGAGCUCCGGGCGCACAAGGCGGUGCUGGCCGCCGCCUCUCCCUAUUUCCACGACAAGCUUCUCCUGGGGGAUGCGCCGAGGCUUACCCUGCCCAAUGUCAUCGAGGCCGAUGCCUUCGAGGGGCUGCUCCAGCUCAUCUACUCCGGGCGCCUGCGCCUGCCACUGGACGCGCUCCCUGCUCACCUCCUGGUUGCCAGCGGCCUGCAGAUGUGGCAGGUUGUGGAUCAGUGCUCGGAGAUCCUGCGAGAGCUCUGCGAAGGCACCUCCAACCACACCCUCCUCCUCUCUUCCUCCUCUUCUCCCGGGGUGUGGUAUUCCCGCCCAGCCCCACCUCAGCCUCCCGUACAGCCCCCCACUCCAACCGAGAGCCCUGCUGUAGGAAUGGGGGGUGAGCUGGGAGAGGUGCUGCAGAUUCAGGUAGAAGAAGAAGAGGAGGAGGAGGAGGAGGAAGAAGAACAAAGAGCCUUACCAGUUGUCCCUCAAACCCCACAAACCCAAAGAGUGGCAGGGGGGACCCCUCGUCCUCGUGCCCCCAAUUCGCUGCCCAUGUCUACCACCACCCGUAGGUUACCAGAUGGUGAAGGAAUCUCAGCUGAACCUCCCGCCCCUCCUACACCACUGCCCCCCAAAAUCUUCUACAUUAAGCAAGAGAAGCUUGAUCUUGAGGAAGAAGUAGCUGGGGGUGGGGGCCAGCCUGAGGGAGGAAUGGACGAGUCCAGAGAAGGAUUUCCUAGUGGGGGCGCUGGAGCAGGUGGAGGGGAUCUUGGAUUCCUGCUGCCUCCCAGUGCAGGGGGAGCUUCCAGUGGAGGUGGCCCAUCAUGGAAACCAGUAGAUCUGCAUGGGAAUGAAAUCUUAUCAGGGGGUGGUGGGCCAGGAGGGACGGGACAAGCCGUGCAUGGGCCAGUAAAGUUAGGGGGAGCACCUCCCCCUGAUGGUAAGCGCUUUGGCUGCCUGUGUGGGAAGCGGUUUGCAGUGAAGCCAAAACGGGACCGCCACAUCAUGCUGACCUUUAGUCUCAGGCCUUUUGGCUGUGGUGUCUGCAACAAACGAUUCAAACUCAAACACCAUCUGACUGAGCACAUGAAGACACAUGCAGGAGCCCUGCAUGCCUGUCCUCACUGUGGUAGAAGAUUCCGUGUCCAUGACUGUUUCCUUCGGCAUCGAGAGCUCUGCAAGGGCCAAGGCUGGGCCACUGCUCAUUGGACAUACAAGUGAUGGCUUACAUCAGACAUUGACUCCCCCCAAAAUAAGUGGACAAACUUUAUGAUGAACUUCCUUGUGGAGGUUGAGAGUGACCAUUAAUCCUAGCUGCAAGUGUUAGGAGGGUGGAUUGCCUUAACAGUUGGUUACUCAUAUGCUGUAUUCCAGGAUGUGGCCCUCAGCCUUACAAUUCUGGAAAUCCACUUUAAUUAGAUCACCUGGCAGAUGAUCUAAGUCAGGUCCUAGGGAAAUUGAUUCUUGCACACCAGAAUGCCUAUUUAUUAUAUUUUACUGAAGGAUUUCCCUCACCUGAGAACCAACACCAAUUAGGCACCUUCUUUCUUAGAAGGAUGCCCACCCAGGAAGCCAAAUUUAAGAUGGAAGGAUUCAUACAGCAAAGGAGUGGUCUUAAAGAAAUGUUUAACUUGGUCUAUAUUGUAAGUUAAAGGAUUCCUACUCUAUAGAUAAAUCUGUCUGAGGAACUAAAUUCAGGCAUUCAGAAGCUGAUCUGUUACCCACUAGUUUAUUGACUGUUGGGCAGAAUAACCAAGGCCUUCCUCCAAUUCUUGCUUCAUUAUAUAGCAGAUUCUCUACUGUUCACUUUAUAUGAUCCUUUGCCACUGUGAUCCACUUUUGGAGCUAGACUUUUUUAUAUCUGAGAUGGACUGGUUCCCACUCAUCUCAUCCAUGAUCCUCUUAUUCUUAGUCUGAGGAUAUCUCCUCUAUGACCCAUUUGCCCAAGGCUUAUUUUCUGUAACACUGAUGCGUAUUCCAAUAGUCCUAGAGAAUGUAGUUAUGAUGACAAGUGAUCAUGCUGACUGGAAUGUGACAACCACUGACCCAGGACAUGAACGCUUACCUCAUUUUCUUCCAGGCCUGAAACACUUCAUACAGAACAUAAAGAGAUGACUAUGUUUAGAAAGACCCAAGGGCUGGGAUCAUAUGACUGGCCCUGAAGACUUAACAGAAGUGCCCAGGCUCAAUGUACAACGCUACCCCCACCUCCACACAACUGAAGCAUCAGGGUACUUUAUUACUUCAAAUAAAUACAGUUCUGAACCCUUA